CUGUGGCGAGUGCAGAGGCGGGUCAGUCUCUGCAUCCAUGGAACGAGCCGAGGCGCCGAGUACAGAACUUGCUAAGGUCAUCAAACCUAUAGAUCGGAGGUCGGUCCAUCAGAUUUGUUCUGGGCAAGUAGUAUUGAGUCUAAGCUCUGCUGUGAAGGAGUUGGUAGAAAAUAGUGUGGAUGCCGGUGCCACUAAUAUUGAUUUAAGGCUUAAAGACUAUGGGGCGGAUCUCAUUGAAGUUUCAGACAAUGGAUGCGGGGUAGAAGAAGAAAACUUUGAAGGCUUAACUCUGAAACAUCACACUUCUAAGAUUCAGGAAUUUGCUGACCUAACUCAGGUUGAAACUUUUGGCUUUCGCGGGGAAGCUCUGAGCUCACUUUGUGCACUGAGUGACGUCACCAUUUCCACCUGCCACUCCUCCGCGAAAGUUGGGACUCGACUGGUGUUUGAUCACAAUGGGAAAAUCAUCCAGAAAACCCCAUACCCACGACCCAGAGGGACAACGGUCAGUGUCCAGCAGCUGUUUUACACGCUGCCUGUGCGCCAUAAGGAGUUUCAAAGGAAUAUUAAAAAGGAAUUUGCCAAAAUGAUCCAUGUCCUCCACGCGUACUGUAUCAUUUCCUCAGGCAUCCGUAUAAGUUGCACCAAUCAGGUGGGACAAGGAAAACGACAGCCUGUGGUGGGCACAAGCGGAAGCUCCAACAUAAGGGACAAUAUUGGAUCUGUGUUCGGGCAGAAACAGUUGCAGAGCCUCAUUCCUUUUGUCCAGCUGCCCCCUAGUGACACCGUCUGUGAAGAGUUCGGGCUGAGCUGCUCAGAUGCUCUGCAGAAUCAGUUUUGUAUCUCAGGUUUCAUCUCUCACUGUACUCAUGGCGUUGGACGGAGUUCAACGGACAGACAAUUUUUUUUUAUCAAUUGGCGGCCUUGUGACCCAGCAAAGGUUUCCAGACUUGUGAAUGAGGUCUACCACAUGUAUAAUCGACAUCAAUACCCAUUUGUUGUUCUUAAUGUUUCUGUUGAUUCAGGAUGUGUUGAUAUCAAUGUUACUCCGGAUAAAAGGCAAAUUUUCCUACAAGAGGAGAAGCUUCUAUUGGCAGUUUUAAAGACGUCUUUGAUAGGAAUGUUCGAUGGCGAUGCCAGCACACUGAACGUCAGUCAGCAGCCACUGGUGGAUAUCGACGGUCACAUCAUAAAACCGCAGUGGGCAGAAACGGCGAGCCCUCUGCCAGAGAAGCAAGGAAAUCCCGCUUUAAGGACUGGAGCAGAGAGAAGGGCGGUGAGCAUUUCCAGACUGCGGGAGGCCUUUUCUCUUCGUCACUCAACAGAGAACAAGCCUCAGGGCCUGCAGUCAGCGCAACCAAGCCGGCUUUCUCCGAGGCAGAAGGGACAUGCGCUGUCUUGUAGCCCUUCAGAUGCCCUCUGUCCCCAGAGGCCCAGCUGCGGCGCAGGCUGGCCCGGCCCUCGGGAAGGGGAGAUGUGUCCGGAUAAGGACCGAGUGGAGGCGGAAAGGGACUCGGGGCACGGCAGCACCUCAGCAGGCUCAGAGGAGGGGUUCAGCACCCCGGAUGUGGGCAGUCUCUCCAGCAGUGACCAAGUAGCCAGCUCCCCUGAAGACAGGUUUUCACAGGGAAAGAUGGAGUCACGUGAGAAGUUGCUGGAAACUGGGUGUCGUUUUUCAGACAUGGAAUGCCAUUUAGACCAAGAAGACAGUGGAUGUAAACUUAAAGUGUUGCCUCAGCCUCCUCAUCUCUCAAACACCAAACGUUUGAAAAAAGAAGGAAUUCCUUUCAAUUCUGACAUCCCUCAAGAGCCGGUUAAUACACAGAACAGUUCAGUGUCUCAGGUCGACGUUGCUGUUGAAAUUAAUAAGAAAAUAGUGCCUCUUGACUUUUCCAUGAGUUCUUUAGCUAAACGCAUAAAGCAGUUACAUCACCAACAGCAGCACAGAGAAGGGGAGCAGAAUUACAGGAAAUUUAGGGCAAAGAUUUGUCCUGGAGAAAAUCAAGCAGCGGAAGAGGAACUGAGGAAGGAGAUAAGUAAAACGAUGUUUGCAGAGAUGGAAGUCAUCGGUCAGUUUAACUUGGGAUUUAUAAUCACCAAACUGGACGCGGACAUCUUCAUUGUGGACCAGCACGCCACGGAUGAGAAGUACAACUUCGAGAUGCUGCAGCAGCACACGGUCCUGCAGGGCCAGAGGCUGAUCAUACCCCAGACUCUGAACUUAACGGCUGUCAAUGAAGCCAUCCUGAUAGAAAAUGUGGAAAUCUUCAGGAAGAAUGGUUUUGAUUUUGUUAUCGAUGAAAGUGCUCCAGUCACUGAAAAGGCUAAAUUGAUUUCCUUGCCAACUAGUAAGAACUGGACCUUUGGCCCCCGGGACAUCGAUGAACUGAUCUUCAUGCUGAGUGACAGCCCCGGGGUCAUGUGCCGGCCUUCCCGCGUGCGGCAGAUGUUCGCCUCCAGAGCCUGUCGGAAGUCUGUGAUGAUCGGAACUGCUCUUAACACAAGUGAGAUGAAGAAACUCAUCACCCACAUGGGUGAGAUGGACCAUCCCUGGAACUGUCCCCACGGCAGGCCGACCAUGAGACACAUCGCAAAUAUGGACGUCAUUUCCCAAAACUGACACUUCUCGUUUUACAGAACUAGACAGUUUAAUGCAGAUCUUUCUGUUUUGAAAGACAGGGUUUUAACCAUUUUGUUUUGUUUCAAAAUUAACCCGCCAUUUUAAAAAAGUACUAAAGCCGUUUAGAAAUGAUGUUAAGAACCUUUUGAACCAUGUGGAGCAUUGCUGCAGUUUUUUGUUCUUCAUCUGUGCGUCUGUGUCUGUGUCCUCUGUGUCUGUCUGUGUGUGUGUGUGUGUGUGUGUACAGGCAAAAGCAUAUUUUUUCAAAAACAGGAAGAGCACUUUGGAAGUCAUCAGGGCCUCUGCUCCGGCCCAGUAUAUUUUAGGUGGCAACUUUAAGUCCUAAUGAUGAUUAAAUUUGUAAUGGUUAAUUUCAUAUAUUUUAAAUUAUGAUCCUUUUGGGUUAGUGUUUCUCAACCCUGAUGCACAUUAAACAAAACCAAAAAAAGAAAAGAAUCUGGAAAACCCAGUGGGGAUUCUGUGCCCUGCUGGAAAAAGAACCCAGGUGGGGCUGGGGUCACAAUUUUUAAACGUUCCCUGGUGCGGCCAGGGUGGUAAGGCACUGCAGUGGG